AUGACGGUUCAUCUAAUCAGAAGAAAUAUCCAAAGUAGUGCUUCGGCGUUGAAGCUAGCAACAAGGAGGACAAAAUACUUAGAAAAAAGGCUGCCAGCGUCCUUUAAUUUAGAGUUAGUUAAAUCAAAGUUUUUGGAGAGAACUAAAGGCCUAGAACACAUAUCAGAAAUUAAGGAAGUAGAUGAAAUUCAAAAUCAGUCAAUGAUGACGUUUAAUAAUGAGUAUAUUGUUCCUUCUAAAGUUUGGUUUGAUACAGUGACGUCUUCCGGAUCGUUUUCAAAUGAUUUGAUAAAUGAGACAUUGAUUUCAAAGAAAUGGAAAAAAUUCCCGGAUUUACCAAUAAAAAUGAAUGGUGACUAUUCAUUUAAUGCAUUGCAAUUAUUUGAUAGAAGUUUAGAUAUAGGUGAUCUUGUUCUUCUACGGAAUUCAGAUAAAGAGCUUCUUAUGUGUGUUGAUAUUCCUAUGAGUAUAGAAGAUCCACGGUUUACAUUCGCAAAACCAGACGGUACAUUAGUAUUCUCAACAAAGCAAAAUGUAACUUUAAGAAUACUUAACACACUUCCGAAAAAUAUUCUAAACCAUGAUUUGAUAAAGAAUAAAUAUGAAGCGGGUCUGAUAAAUAGGAAAGAAAAUAAUGCUAUUAAAUUGCCUAGUUUACCAGUCGUUGCCCGUCAAAUUGCAACAUCACCUUUACCUUCAGAGAUAUCGAGAAUUGCAGCAAGAGAUUUAAAUGUUAAUUUAAAAAAGUUGGAAGUACUCCAUAGAUAUAUUAGCGAUGGAGUAGAAACUAGUUCCAUCUCCUUUUUGAAAUUAGUUCAUCUGGUUCAAAAUGUUGAUCUUAAUAAGUUAGCUAGAAAUAGAGCUGAUCAUGAUGCUAAUCAUAUCUCGAACAUAAUACGGAACACUAAAGAUGAUAUUCAAUAUAUGACAAAAAUUGACGCUAUUACAUUAUUAUCUACUUAUUGGGCAGUUAUUCAACAACAGCAAUCACAAUUAUGGGGUGAUAUCCAAAUACAUUCUGCAUUACUAUUUCCGAUAUCUGUUUCUGUCCUUCCAUUCAAUAAUGUGAUUUACCUUAAUGAAACAAUCCCUAGAGUUGCUACAGAUGAGAAUAUUAAUAAAUUCACAGAAGCCAUCAAUAAGCAUAAUUUAGAGAAGAUUAAUGAGAAAUUUCCUGAUUUUCUUAAUAUGCUAAAAGAAUAUGGUAACGGAUGUUACUAUGGUAAUGAGAAAAUAACAACUAUAAUUUCUAAGUUAUUUAGGAGAAUAGAAACCUACAAAAACAAAGAACUUUCAAGAGAUAAUUGUCAAAAAUUAUAUAAUGAAUUGAACCCAUCAAAUAAGAUUUUAAAUUCCCUUUUAUUAAGCAAAGACCUUUGUCUUCCGGAGAUAUCAGGUACUACAAGAACUGAACAAUUAAUUUAUUCGUUGACUGAAGUGGAUAACCAUGCUAUAAUCGAUCAAAGAAGACAUGAUUUCAAGGAUUUAAAGGUUUUCUGCAUCGAUGAAAAAACUGCGCAUGAGAUUGACGAUGGUGUAUCGGUUUUAAGGAAAGAUGGUAACAUCACAAGACUUUUCAUUCAUAUCGCUGAUCCGGCAUCAUUAUUUCCAUUACAUAAUACCAUUGAAAAUAAUUCUACAUCAGACGAAAUUUUAAAUAUUGCAUUUAGGAGAGCUUUCACUACGUAUUUACCGGAGUUUGUUUUACCAAUGCUUCCAAAAAGUUUUUGUACUAAAUCUGAUUUAGGUAAUACUGGUAAAAUGACAAAUACCAUUACUUUUUCGGUAGAUUUUGACAAAAGUAGUUGUUCAAUAUUAGAAGACACUUUUGAAAUCCAAUUAGGUAAAGUCAAUAAUUUCCCGAAGAACACAACAUAUAAAGAAGUUGACAAAAUAUUAAAUAGCAGCAUUAAAAGAGAAAAUGAUAUCGAAAGGGAUUUAAGAGAAAUGCGAUUUAUAGCAAAUCAUUUGAGGAAAUGUAGAAUCGAUAAUUCAGCUGUUAUCUUUGGAGAAGGCUUUAAUAAAGGAGCAGUAAAUUUGAUAGAAAAGAAACAAGAUGGCGAAAAAAGUUAUAAAGUAAAUUUUAAGGAUAGCGAGACCACUCCCUCUAAUAUUAUUGUGUCGGAAUUUAUGAUUCUUGCAAACUCAUUGGCUGGUAAAUAUUUUAAAAAUCAUAAGAUACCAGCAAUUUAUAAAACAUAUAAAGGCUUAAAUAUGAAACCAAAGGCAAGUAGCCAAUUUAAAAAGAUUUUAAAUGUCAACAAGAAAAGACUGCCAUCCAUCAAAGAAAUUAGUAAAAUUGGAUCUUUGUUAAGUUCGAGCACGUUUAGUUCCAAGCCAUCUAUUCAUGAGAUGAUUGGCACGGAUCAAUAUGCCACAGUCACUUCUCCAUUACGUAGAUUUCCUGAUUUAAUUAACCAUUUUCAAUUGCAUAGGUACUUAACUAAUCAACCACUAUGUUUCAGCCAAGAGAAGUUAGAUGAAAUGGUUUGGCAUUUAAUCGAAAGGGACACAAUUUUACGUCACUAUAGUAGAAAAUUCAAUAAAUAUUGGACACUGCAAUAUUUGAAUGAAAAAAUAGAGGGAAAUCCAUUAUUAAGAUUUGAUGUAAUGGUUCAAUCUGUUUCUGAGAACGGAAGGGUCCAUUGCAUCCUUCCAAAAUUAUCAUACGCGACAGGUACCUUAAAAUUAAAACCUUCUGCAACAACCAUCCCUGCUAUUGGAGAGAUUAUAAAGAAUUGCAAAAUAGCAAAUAUAGACUGUUUAGGAAACAGUCUCGAGUUUGCUAUCGAUGAAAACCAAGAACACGAUAGAGUGAAUACCUUCACUUGA